AUUGUGGAGGCCAUGAAGAAGGUAGCGAAGCUUGACGUUGAGCUGAGUGUGGAAGAGAGGAACCUGUUCUCUUUUGGGUACAAGAACGUGGUGGGUUCAAGGAGGGCUUCAUGGAGGAUCCUGUCAAAGAUAGAGCAGAAGGAAGAGUCAAGGGGCAAUGAGGUAAAUGCAAAGCGCAUAAGGGAAUACAUGCACAAGGUGGAGUUGGAGCUCUCCAAAAUUUGCAGUGACAUUAUGAUUGUCUUAGAUGAGCAUCUUAUCCCAUCCACUAAUGUUGCUGAGUCCACUGUUUUUUGGUUUCUUAAGUUGAAAGGAGACUACUAUCGGUAUUUACCGGAAUUUAAAGAUGGUGAUGAGAAAAAAGAGGUGGCAGAUCAGUCACUUAAAGCAUAUGAAGUAUUCUAUUCACUUAAUUAG